GGACUGGAAGGCCAGCAGCUCCCCGGUCAGAUGAGUAUCAAUCAUCCCUCCUGGGCUGCGAUUGGUUCAUGGCGGACCAACCUGGCUGUAUCAGUGUCCAUUCAGUGACAACAAUAAGGCUGAAUAACUAAUGAGCGCCCUCCAAGCAGAAGUGUGGUCUUCGCACUAUUCAGUAGCUUUGAACAUGACCAGCAGCCUUCUGUGGGCGCUCGAGCAGGCAACCUAAAUAAUCAAGAUGCUUUCAUAAAAAACAAUAACAAUUUUAGCUUCAUCACCAAAGAAGAUACACAAAGAAAGAUAGACAUUGGAUUACUUAUUUUAUCGAUUUGAUUUUUUAAGGAGAUCCUAAGGGUAAGAAGAAAACCAAAAAUGAAACCAAGACUCUUUCUCAUCUGCCUGGCAACUUUCUACUGUCUGAGUGGCUGUUUGGCAUCGGAGCUGUCGUUCCUCCUGGAGCCCAGUGAUGUGAUCGCCGUGAGGGAACGCCAGCUCAUGCUGGACUGUCGUGUGCAGGGGGAGGAGCCGAUCAUGGUCACGUGGCGUAAAAACGGUGUGCCUUUACCCAGCAGCCCGCGGGUUGAGGUGCUGGCAAAUGGCACGCUGUUUAUCCGGAGCUUCCAGAAACGCAGGGAGGGGAGUGACGCGGACAUGGGCGAGUACGACUGCGCGGCCCAAAAUCGCUACGGCAUGUUGGUCAGCCGCAAAGCCAAAGUCCUUUUGGCGUCUCUUCCCAAGUUCCACACCCACCCUCUGUCCAUGUCCGUGGACGAGGGAGGCGUAGCUCGCUUCCAGUGUCAAAUCAAUGGAGUUCCUGAGGCCAACAUCACCUGGGAGAGAGACAGAGUACCACUCAACACCACCGACAGCAGAUACACUCUCCUGCCAAUGGGUAUUCUCCAGGUGACAGGUGUGAGGCAGGUGGAUGCAGGGGUUUUCCGCUGUGUUGCCACCAACCCCGCCAACACUCGCUUCAGUCACGAGGCCGUGCUCAACAUCACUGGUGGAGCUUCCAGAACGUACAAGGAGCCCUUCAUCCUGUCGGGACCCCAGAAUCUGACCAUCACCAUCCAUCAGACGGCCAUCUUGGAGUGCAUUGCCACGGGAAACCCAAGCCCUAUUGUUUCCUGGAGCAGAUUAGACGGACGCUCCAUUGGGGUGGAGGGUAUUCAGGUUCUGGGGACCGGCAACCUGAUGAUCUCAGAUGUUUCCCUGCAGCACUCUGGAGUGUAUGUGUGUGCUGCCAAUCGGCCCGGCACCAGAAUGAGGCGUACUGCCCUCGGACGACUCGUUGUACAAGCUCCUCCUGAGUUUCUGCAGUGGCCGCAGUCUGUGUCCAAACCAGUAGGGGGCAGCGCUGUGUUCACUUGUGUGGCCCAGGGCGUCCCCGAGCCUCACCUCAUCUGGCUGAAGAAUGGCAAGGUUCUGAUGCCUGGACACAACGUGAAGCUGACCAACAACAACAGCACUCUGGCUGUGACUCGUAUCAGCUCAGAGGACGAGGCCAUCUACCAGUGCAUCGCAGAAAACAGCGCUGGUACAAAUCAAGCCAGCGCCCGUCUAGCCGUGGCCCAGGCUACAGACCUGCCGGCCGCCCCCCAGGGCCUGGUGGCCAAUGCGCUGUCCACCAUUACCCUGCAGAUCACAUGGAGUCAGCCGCUGGCCCCCGUCACCGACAGCAUCAUCGGAUAUGUCCUGCACAUCCGCAAAAUAGGAGAGCCUGACAGUCUGGAGCUGCAGGAGGCCAUCAGUAAAGAUUCCUUCCAACAUGAUGUGACCAACCUGGAGGCAGCCACCACCUACUCCCUGUACCUGAAGGCCUACUCUCCCCUGGGAGCCAGCAGGCAGUCCAACACCGUGGUGACCACAACGCUGGGGGGCGUGCCGACCCCGCCCAUCUUCUUCACCAAAGUGCUGAACUCCAGCGCCAUGCAGGUCCUGUGGGAGCUCCCCAGUAAGGCCGGCAAGGCUGAGGGCUUCAGGCUGUCUUACCGCAGGGUCCCCCAUGCCGACUUCCAAAGCCCCAUCCAGCUGCCAUUCCACAUCAAUGCCCACACCAUCUCCAAGCUGGAACCCGGUGCAGUGUUUGAGGUCAAGCUGGUGGCCUACAAUGGAAACGGGGAGAGUGACUGCUCCAAGAGACUGGUGUCGCUGGCAGAGGAAGGCGUGAGUGACCAAGCCACCGGCGGGGACAGUCUGUGCCAGUGCAGGGAUGGUGAGGCCUCUCUUGGCAGCAUCGUCAUUGGCAUCCAUAUAGGCACCGCCUGUAUCAUCUUCUGUGUUCUGUUCCUCAUGUUCGGAUAUCGUCGCAGUCUGUUUUGCAGUAAAGGGUCUCAGGACAGCUGGUCUGUACCGAGGGACAUCACAGGACACAGUGGGAUGCUUAAGGACGAAGCGACCCGCCCCGGUGGGGGGGCAGCACCUCAGGCGGUCUGUCCAGCACAGUACCAGGUUGUCAUUGAGCAGCACUUGUGCGGUUUGCCUGGCACGGACACUGGCUAAGACACGGACACUGGUCAAUGUUAUAACACCCACAGUCAUAGGUUUAGUAUGCCUAAAACCUUCUGAUAGAAACCUGAAAGUAGCUUCCACAAAUCUGUGACAGAUGGUUUACUGAGCUAGGAAUCAUCCUGGUCCUUUGUCACCUUUCCCAUCCUCCACCCCUACCCAAACUAAAGCUUAUUGCCAUUAUUGCCUGUGAACAUGCACAUGUGCAUGUAAAGAGCCUUCACGAGAGCAUUGCCACAGCCAAUGACGUCCUGUCAUGUUCUCUUUGUGUGUGUACCACAAAACAGUCAUUGGUUUUCCAGGGGGAGUCUGUGCCAUAACCAAAAUAUAAUAUUCCUCAGAUCUCCUCCGCUGAAAUGAAGCCAUUAAUAGUGACAGAACUCUUGACUUUGCCUUCCGUCCCUCUGCAAUAAGAAAAGGAAGAGACACAGUAGCCUUUGCUAAUGCCUUAUGACGGUGAUAUGAAAUGAUGGUCUAUCACCUUACAAGCCAUGGAAACAAAGCCUUCUUUAAUCUUCACCAUAAAUCUGCAUACCUCCAAAGAAAGCUACCUCAGUUCAACAGGAAUGCCCGAGCAUAUCCAAGGCCUGAUUAUGCUGCUUCUGCAAGCCUACCUCAACCAAAAAAUAGGGAAACACUUUUCCUUGAGAAACCAUUUCCUUGACCACUGCCAGUGUACCGUGCCAGUCACCAACCAGUCCAGUCCAGAGAGUGCUCACCAGGACCACAACCGAGGCAAGCCGAACCGUGGCAGAGCCCGGAUGAAGCCUUACUGCACCGGAGAUCCACAAGAGCCUUAACAAUGUCCUGCUCAAGCCGGGUCACCGUUUGUUUCUGUCUAUAAGCCCAACUUGGCUGUGAAUCUUCUGCUUUCUGAACUGACUUCAGAAGACACUAAGGAGAACAUUUAGUAUUGCCUCCUGUAUUUUUGUUACUCCGUUACGUUUCUACCCAUGAUUCUCAUAUACCCUCUAGUAUCCAUCUCCAAUAACAUAUUUGUGCAAACAGGAGGCUUGUUUGAUCUGCACAAACCCAAUAGAACACUAAUGCUAAGCCAAAAAUGAGUGUUUGAGGCCACGCUGCCAGGUUAACUCCGGAUUCUACAUUGGUCAUUCUGGAACAACUGAGAUGUCAGCGAAAUUGUUUAACGGUGACACUGGCCUGAAUGCAUGGACGAGGUUCGUGUUCCCCCUGCCCGCCUACCCAAAAAGUUCUUGGAUGAAAACCAAGCUGAAUGAUGGCCAAAGAUGUAAAUUGGUUUUCAUUAUUUUCCUUUAAAGAAUUAUUUUAAGAGAGGUUACAUUUUCUCAAAAGGUUUUGGAUCGUUCUUGUUUGAAAUGGGUCGCCUGUGUGAAGAGUGCUUUACUGAACUGAGCCAAAAAAAUCUCAUUUUAAAAACAACAUCUUUUUAUAUUUUCUUUGGUUUGGUCAUUGCAGGUGAACCCUUCAACAUGGAACUGUUUAUUUUCUUUAUCCUAACAUUGUACUUUUGAAGAGUAACCUAAAGAAGAUAUCAGAUAUUUUGAAAGACUUCCUAUGUCGAUACUUGCUUUCUUUUUCAAAGUAGUUAAAUUCUUGCCGAAUAUUUAGCUAUCUUAAAGAAAUAUGUAACCAAAUGCCUCUACAUUUUCAUUCAGUCUUUACACAUAACCAAAAGCACAGCAACAUAUUAGUAAGAGUAUAUAUAUAUAGCUAUCACACACAUAUACAUUCAAUAUAUACAAUAUAUAUGUGUGAAUGGCUAGUAAAAGGUGAACCUUUGACAGCAGCUUUAAGAAGAGUUACAAGUUGUUAAUACAUUGUGCCGCAAACAACACAAUUUCCUUUUAAAAUUGAGUUUCACAUUCUUUGUCUUAUACGCACACAUUUUCAUUCAAUAAUUUUAGGUUGGUUGGGACUGAAGGGCAACAGUUGGUUGCCCUUCAGUCUCUGUAUGGAUCCAUUCAAAGAAUAUCAUAGCCAGCCUUGUAUUUGUAAUGUCAAAAACAAAAGGGUGAGAAUUUAAAGUCCUCAAGGUUCACCUUUUACUUCUGAGUGUUUUAGGUUUACUCAAAGAACAGUAGAACACAAUACAUUUGCUUUCUGACAAAACUCAAAGAUGUUAAAAUAAUGUGAUACCAAAAAGUGUGUUGAUAUGGAUGACCCAAAAAGUCACGUGUUUUUUGUAGUUUUAUAUGCGUAGAUGUUAUUUUUCUUCUGUUUCAAACCAUUCAUUCCUCUAAGUCUUUUGUUCUUCCUGUUGUGGACAGGAAAGGUUGCCAAAGCAAAUGUUUGCUUUUUUUGAAAGUUUGUCAUUGUUAUUAUAAUUAUUAGAUUGGAUACCUUUAAUUGUGUUUAUUUCAAAUGUUUUCUUUUUUUGAAGAUGUGGAUGAUAUGAAAAUGAUUGUUAGUAUUACCUCGUGAUGGCCUUUAAGAAAUUGAUGUGAGUUUUCCAGAGACACUACAUUUAAGGCUGGAAAGCCAAACUCAUGUGUGCCCUGAAGAGCAAGCGACUAGAAACGAAAGAACCACAAAAGAAGAAAGAAAAUAGUAGAAAAGUAGAAACUGGCUGCUAGUAUUAACGAGAACCAAUGCUUUAAUGAUUAAGUGCUUUUCCUUGUCCCGAAGUUUUCCACUGGUGUGUUGUAGCCAACAGAAAACCUAAAGCUUUAACCUGUUAUGACUGAGGCUGAAAUGAAAUGGCUUGGAGGUAAAGGAGUGACUGAGGAUGAGCUGCAGCUGGAAACAGAGACCAAGCUGUGAUCUGGAAGGCUUUCACGCUACAUUUAUUUUACAUCCACGCAAAUGACAAAAAUCCCUCAUGGUUUACUUUGCACCUGCUAAGGUUUGUCACUAAAAUACAAUAAAGGGAGAUGACUGAAAUUGCUUAAAACUAUACAAUUUAACCAUUGGAGAAUGCAACUACAUUUGUUUACCAUUGCAAAUGAAUCAAUUAAUUCAUACUUGCCCACUUUAAAACACUCAAAAUAUUAUUGUACCCAAUGGCUACAAUAACCACAGGGGGUGAGAGGGAAUAUGUAUUUUUGUCUGUUGUUUUGUCUGACCCGUUAUUUAUUUUCCAAUUUUCCAAUUUCCAAUAGCUAAACUUUUCUCUGAAGCAGGGUGGUGGUUGUUGACAGCUACAUUUAGACUCAAUUUAAAACUAAUCUUACUCAAUUUGCCCGAUGGUGGAAGCAACAUAUUCUGCUCUCUAAGUCUUGCCAGACAGCUUGGUCUCUGCAGACUGUUCUCCCUGAAUGUCUGGACUUCACUUUUUCUCCCUCCUAAAUUACAUUCCAUCAUGCCUAAAACCAAAUAAAGAAACAUUUUUUAGAUGAAUAAAUGUUGUCUAAUUUA